AUGAACGAGGACUGCUCGAGCGGCCAGCACUUCUUAGUGGGCGAACCGACGUACUCGUACGGGUCGAGCACGCGGAGAUUACCGAGGAGGAUCGUCUUGGUUCGACACGGGGAGUCGUUCGGGAACGUGGACGAGAGCGAGUACACGAGGACGCCGGAUUCGCAGGUUCGGUUGACGGCGACGGGGCACAACCAGGCGGAGACCACGGGACGGCGCCUGAGAGAUAUGAUGGAUGAGACCGGGGAGGAUUACAAGCUGUUCUUUUAUCUGUCGCCGUAUCGUCGAUCGAAGGAGACUGCGAUCGGGAUCGCGAAAGCUUUCGAUGGGAGGAGAAUCUUGGGCGUCAGAGAGGAGCCGCAGUUGCGCGAGCAAGACUUUGGAAACUUUCAAGAUUACGAAGCGAAGCAGGCGGAGAAGCGUGAGCGGCAUCGGUUCGGGAGAUUCUUUUAUCGAUUUCCUAACGGCGAGAGUGGGGCCGACGUAUACGACCGGAUCACAAUGUUCUCGGACCAUAUGGUGCGCGAUAUCGACGCCGGGCGAUUUCCUGAAGAUACGAACAUGAUCCUGUGCACGCACGGUCUCACGCUCAGGCUUUUCCUCAUGCGAUGGUUCCACUGGACCGUCGCGGAGUACGAACGCAUCGCGAAUCCAUCGAACUCGCAGCCGAUCAUUUUGGAGAGACGAGACGAUAUAACUAUCGAGCAGUCGAUGCACACAAAGGAGUGCUACGUGCUCUCGAAAGAGUCCAUGGAGGGCUUGGUCGGGUGCUCAGAGGAGAUGUGCACGAUGAUAUUACCCGAAGAAUGUUGGACAAGAGCGUUGCAGCUCGGACCUGACGUAAAUCACAGUCUUUUACCCCCGCCCGACGUUCCGAAGCCCGAACGAUACGCGGAGGAACCGUAA